AUGGAUGGAUGGGGAGAGAUCCUUCAGAUUCCCGCAAUCAAAGUGCCCAGAGGGUCACAUUCAGCAGAUAAGGCUGUACAAAAGGGUAUAACAGCAUUCAAAUUUGACGAUUCACAUGAUCUUAUAUGGCUUGGAGACUCAUCCGGUUAUCUAUACUCAUUUUAUGGCAUGAAACUGCAACCAUACGUUUCAUGCAGAGUGUGUCAAGGGCAAAUUAAUCAAAUCUUAGGUCACAAAAAGGGUGUUCUUACUCUGUCCAGCAAAGGGGUGAGAUUGGGCACUGUAGAAGGUAUUUUAAUAUACAGCGUGAUUUGCUCCAAAGAGCAUGGUGGUUUGCGAUGUAUGACAUAUACAUCGAAUACGCAAACUGAGGUAUAUGCUGGAGGAAGAGCUUCGUCGACUGGAAGUCGUAUCUUUAAAAUUGAUCUUGUCAACGGUAAGGUUUCAGGUUGCAUCUCAUAUUCUCAGGAUCUUGUUUUUAUGACCUGCAAUCUUCAAUAUGUCAUUUUCGGACGAUCAGAUGGCUGCGUUGAUGUCUUUGAUCCGAAGUCUGAGAGAGUUGUCAAAACUUUCCGGUGCCAUUCAGCCAGCCUUUCGUCCAUAUUUAUUCAUGACAACAUUUUGAUGACAACAGGGUAUUCGUUAAAGAAGGAUAGGUUUGUUCCCGACCCAUUGGUUAACCGUUUUGAUUUACAAACUUUGGACUCAAUACCGCCGUAUCCUUUUCCUGCAGGACCUACGCAUGUGUAUUUACAUCCGCGAAUCCUAGAUCUUGCUCUGAUAGCAUCAAAUAUGGGCCAAUUUCAUUUUGUGGAUAUUUCAAACCCCGCAAAACUCCACAUUUACCAGGCAGAUUUAUCAACAUUUAUCACACUGAUGGAUAUUUCAGAUUCGGGUGACUACUUUGCAUUUAUUGAUGGAAUGCAGAAUUUACAUUUAUGGGCAAGGGUUCCAGAUCCAAUGAGUCCUCUUCCAAACUUUACCGUUUAUGGAAAGCCGGUGAAAUUUCCGUCCGUUAACAAUGAGGUAAUACCGAUGAUGAACCGCUUGAAUUUUGAGUCAGCUUUCCCACCUUUAAAUGGAAUCAAGCUUCCACACUAUGAUGAAAUGCUACUUUCUGCUUGGCCUCCUGAUGUUGUGUUUAAAGUUGGUGCUGUUCCUAAACCAAUAGACUAUGAAAUAUUACGAGGUGUAAGGAAAGUGCAAACCUUCAGUAUUGCACACUAUGAUAAGGAUAAAUUCGGUUCAAGGAACAUUGUCACAAAGUAUGAAAAGCAAAAAAAGCUGAACAUACCGAAGUUUAUUAGUGAGAAGGACUCCGACCAAAGUGACGACGAAAAUGAGAGUCAUAAUUCGGAGCAGCUUCAAGAUUUCGCAGCUGCAAGGGAUAUGAGUCUCCCAGCAAGCUCCAGCUCAAACAGAACAGAUAAUAUCUCUCAGGACAAGAUUUAUCCUAAGAAGCAGCAGAAUGUAUUUGAAACUGUUUCUGAUUCAGGGGAGUUACCGAACGCAUUCAAACUUAUGCGUAUUGCAUACUCAAAAUUUGGUGUUGACGACUUUGAUUUUGAAUAUUUUAACAACACACGAUUUACUGGUCUUGAGGCGGAUGCGGGAAAUACUUACACGAAUAGUAUUAUUCAAUUAUACAAGUACAACCCACCGCUAUUUAACUACAUUUCACUGUCAUUAAGAGAAGAUGUUGCAGAUGAAGAUAUUUUGCUCGUGGAACUUGGAUAUCUCUUCGAUAAAAGCUUGAAUGCAAAUGGGCAUCAUUGUGCUCCAUCCAACUUCCAAAGGGUGCUUUCGACCAAUGCAGAAGCACGAAAGCUUGGUCUUAUUACGGAGAAUGAAUGUGUCUAUGAUAGUUAUGGACAAAGAAAGCUGGUCCAGGUGUUUAACAGAUUUCUUUUAGAGCAAAUAUCACGUGAUGAACAAUAUCUUUACACCACAACUGAACCAGUGCGUUUGGAUUCAUUGUGUGGUGUGUCGACUGAAACUCGAAUUGUGUCAAAAUUCUGCUCACUAGAACGAAGUUUUUCUACCGUAUUUCAUUCGAUAGACAUUAAUGUUCUUCCCGUUUCGUUAAAUGCUCCAGCAAGCCUAACCAUAGUAGACUACAUACAGGCUUCCAUGAGUAAAGCCGUUAGUCGUCCUAUCAAUUGUGAUGUGUGUGGAAAGCGUCAUCCAAUUGAUGCCUCGCUUCACGUUCGAUCGUUACCUGCCGAUUUGAUUCUCAACAUUGAUUUAACGGAUGAACAACUAGUGGAUAUUCGCUUUCUGAAAGGAUGGCUUGUACCGGAGUUUUAUGUUGCGCGAACAAACGAUGGCUCGUCUGUGUUAUUUGCCAAGCGUGAAUCCGUCCCAAGCCAAGUUCCUGUGCGAAGGUAUGAUAUCACAGGUCUUGUGGUACAGAUAACGGAUAGGGUCAAUCGAAGCCACCUUGUGACCUUGACGAAGGUCCCUGACAAAACCGGAAAGUUAGAUAAAGAGUCUUGGUGCCUUUUUAACGACUUCUUAGUUACAGAGGUGUCUCAAGAGGAGGCCCUUGAUUUGAGUUACUGGUGGAAAAAGCCCGUCGUGAUAAUGUAUAAAGCUGUGGAUACUGAGGAUAAGUUUGUGUAUGAUUGCUGGCGGCAGAAUUUGGAUGUUAGUAUUCUUUACAAGGAUCAUUUUGCAAGAGGAACUAGAGAAGGCAAAAUAAUAGAGUACAAACUUCUCACGCACGAUGAGCCACCACUGCCCGGUACAAUGGUUGCAAUUGAUGCGGAAUUUGUGCAGAUUGCACCUCAAGAGUUUGAGAUAUCAUUCCACCGCCCAAAGAAGCUUGUCAAGCCCAAGAGGUUGGUGCUUGGCCGUAUAUCAGUCUUAAAGUGUGAUGGUAAGAAUGCUGGAGAAUGUUUCAUUGAUGAUUAUAUUGUGGCAAAGGAGCACAUUGACGAUUACAUCACCUCAUUUUCUGGAAUUGAGCCAGGAGAUUUAGAUCCUGAUAAAUCCAAAAGGACUUUGGUUACUCUACAGACUGCUUAUCGUAAGAUGUGGCUACUUUUGAAUCUUGGAUGCAUUUUUGUCGGCCACUCCCUAAAGGGAGACUUCCGUAUGAUCAACAUCCAAGUUCCACCUGAACAGGUGAGAGAUACAGCUGAGUUAUUCUAUCUCAAGAAGGAAAAGCGGAAAUUGAGCUUGAAAUAUCUCAUCUAUCAGCUUUUCAAGGAUAAUGUUCAGGUAGGAAAUCAUGACUCAAUUGAAGAUGCCGAUUCCGCCAUGCGUGCAUACAGAAAGUAUUUGGAGCUCAAGAGUAAUGGAACAUUUGAAGAUAUUUUGCAGAGAAUAUACUUGGAAGGACAGAUGUCACAAUUCCGGAUCCCACAGUAA